GGUGGAAAAAUUUUGCACUGUCUUUGUUUGAUUCAUCAAACAUUUUUUGUCAUAAUGUUUAAUCAGCAUUUAGAAAGAUUGAAUAUAUCUUUCCUAGCAGAUUUUUCUCAACCAAACGGAAAAUUAUAA